CAGAGCAGAGAGGCUGAGAUGGUGAGAGCUGCAGGUCUCUGAGAGAUUCUCUUCACCCAUUCAGCGUUGUGGACCGUUGGUCUGGACGCCUGUUAAAGGGAGAAGAUGAUCUGCAGGAUCCUGCUGCUCAUCAUCCUCAACUCAUGUCUCUGUGCAGCAACAUUUGUAGUGAAUGUGACACAGAGCUCCUAUCAGGCAGAGGAGAACCACAGCAUCACUCUGGAGUGGACCUUCACCACCACACCUGAUCGACCCUGGAGACAUCUGUUCAUCCUCUGCAGCUUGUUAACUCCUAGGAAAGAAUUAGUCCUGUAUCGGGUCCAUGAUGGUGUUGAGGUGUCAGAGUCUCAGGAUGAACAGUUUUCAGGACGAGUCCAGAGUGACAAAGACGUCCUCAGAGAAGGACGAAUCAGACUCCAUGUGUCCAAACUGAGGACUGAAGACUCUGGACAGUGUUACUGUGAUGUGGAGACUGAUGAUGGUUCUGGUUCUGCAGGGACCAGCAUCACAGUCUCUGAACCAAAGUCAGCCAAAGUGACGACAACAGAACCGGCUCCACAGAAUGAGACCAUCAGUACCGGACCCCGGUCCAGGCUGCCUCUGUGUUUUGCUGUUAUUUCCUUCGUCAUUUCUCUGAGUUUAAUUUUCAUCUUCACACUUAAAACGAACAAGAAAUUUAAAGAGAAACUCCUGAGACAAGCCUCCACCUUGGAGUGUAGAUGCCUUGCUCAAGAGCAGGUCUAUGUUCAUGUAGAUAGGAGCUCCAUGAGGUCUUCUCUCCUGCAGCUUUCUGAGGGCUCGGAUUCAAACCAGCAACUGCAGCAUCAAGGAAACCCUGAAGAAGAGCUGAGCCUUCAGUCGGGGGAAUAUGGAUGAGAUCAGCUCUGCAGUCGGUCUGUUUCUCAGCAAAUGUUGGAGGAUUUUAACCUAAAGGAGCAGAAGACCUGCUGCUUGUUUGACUCUGGACUCUGUUGUUGUUCUACUGGAGCGCCCCCUUGUGGUCACUGCCAGACACUACAGGU